UUUUUCGAAACGACAGCCGCCGCCCAUUUUUUUUUUUUUUUUUAUAUACUAACAUGACCUGACCCGUUUUCCGGAUAACGCUGAAAUCUCCAUCAUUUCGAUUGGUCGACUCUCGGUGAGGUUGGCGUCAGUUGCUAUGAUAACAGGGUCUAAUUUUAGCCGGCGCACGUUUUGUUUUAACAAUCAUGUUUUGACACGAAAAAUACCGUGACCUGCAUGUCUGCAAGUUUCUACCAAUCGAUUUGAAACAUUCAUUAAGCCUUAGUAGCGUUUACUUUUCAAAUAGAUCGAUCCCUUCCCUCCCUUCCUAAUAUUUCAAAGAAAACAAUCCCAGACUUGUCAUUUUGAUAGUCACUCGUGUUAUUCUAGUCCGUAGUAAGACUAGUUCUAACGGAGGAAUGUGGUGUACACUCUCACCCGUGUGCCAUUAGAUCUAGAUCUAGAACAUUGCUGUAUUUUAAGAAGUUCGUUGUUUUUUUUUUUUUUAAACAAACUUAUUUACUAGAUUUAUUAGAUCUAGAACAUUGUUGCAUUCUAAGAAGUUCUUUUGUUGUUGUUUUUUGGAUUACAAGAUUUAUUAAAAUGACUACAAUGCUUUUUAGCUUGCUUUCAGCAUUUAAGAACCUAGGCAGUCUGAAGAUCAGGAUACAAACAGAAGAAAAUGUUGCUCAUCAAACUGAAACUCUGAGUCAAGAAAUGCUCACACCAACUUUAUACAGACCAAGAACAAGAAGCACAGUCACAAUAUGGAAUUUACCAGAUUCAGUCUUAGUGCAUAUCCUAAAGGGCAUGCAUAUACGUGAUAUUUUGUCAUUUAGAUCAGUACAUCCCAGCUUGUGUAAUCUUGUUGACAGCAACUGCAGCCUGUGGAGUCACAUGACCUUUGCUGAUUCCUGGCCAUGCCCGAACAAUUUGCAUCAUUUUGUGAAGGCUUCAGAAAAAAGAAAUGUGGAAGCUACAAUAAAGCUUGCAGUAGCAUAUCUGUACAAGGAGGGCUUAACUGGAGAUGGUGUGUCUAAAUUAAGUGAAGAUGCUGCCAGAUAUCUGUGCCAGGCAGAGCAAUUGACACCUAAUACAUUCCCAUUCUUUUGGAUAUUUAUACGUCCUCCAUGGUCUUUAGAUGGCUCUUGUUGCAAAGUUCAGACAUUCCAGCAUAUCAAAACAUUCUUGGAAAAGUGUAAAAAUCCUGACCUUGCUUGUGGGGUGGCAUUGACAUUGAAACUUCAAAGGCUGUCAAAACAAGAGUACUCUAAGCUUGAAGAAGACAAAUACUUUAAGAUGGCCAUAGGUCUCAACUCUGCAGCUGCUAUGUUUUUUUCUAUGUUAGAAGAUACUUCUUUAGAAGAGCCUGAUAAAGCUAGAGAGUUGGAAAGAAUACGAUUGUUACGCCAGCUGGCCUCUAGCAAUGUACUGGAAGCUAAGCUGAAUCUGAUCAAGUGUUACACACAGGGCCAAUUUGGUGGGAUAUCUUGUCAGAUGGCUCAGGAGUUUGUGCAGGAUUUUUUCAUGUCUUCCAAACCCUCAGGGAUACACUUAACAUUCAAUGGAGGACGCACAUCAGAUAUUAGCCGUUAUAUUUUGGUGGACUGGCUUGUUGAAGUAGUUGGCAUGAAGGAUUUCUCAGCGCAUACAUUGUAUCUGGCUGUCAGCAUGUUUGAUAGAUUUUUGCAAGUCAGAAAAGUGCAGCGCAGUCAAGUUCAGCUGUUAGGAGUUGCAGCAAUGGUUGUCAGUUCAAGAUUUUUGGGCUUUGAUAUUCUGACCAUUAAAGAAGCGGCUUGGCUUACUGACAACAGUUAUACCUAUCAUGAUGUUGUCAAAAUGAUGGGAGAAUUGGUGGCUGCAUUAGGAGGCAACAUACGGGUCUUGACCAUUCAGGAUUAUGUCAAGGUUCUGGUUGCCAUUGUUGGUGAAACAGGAUACUCUGCGAUGUUGAUUGAGUAUCUUGCCAUGCUGUGUUUACUACAGUCUGAGAUGGGACAGUAUAGUCCAGCUGAAGUAGCCGCUUCUUGUAUGCUGCUUUCUCGGUUGUUGCUGAAUCAUACUGACUCUUGGUCACCUCAACUACAAGACUGGACUGGUUUUAGCCAGGAUUCUCUAAGCUUGUGUACAUUCCAUAUCUAUAACAAAUGCUUGUUAGAAGGCUCUGAAAUAGAUUAUAGAGAAACCAAGCUCAAGGCUGUCAAGAUGAGAUAUGCUGAUGCCAAUAGAUUCUCAGUCAGUAACAUAGAGAUCAUUGGGCACAAAGAACUGUGCCGCAGGCUUGGCGUAACAAAACUUAUCAGCCAUGGAAAGGACAGCAAAGCCAUUAAGUUUCGCAACACGGACGAACUGAUCAUGUCCCCCAGGAGAAACAUGGGUGCCAACUAUCACAGGCACUCUGUGACUCUAGACAGAAAACACAUGGACCGAAGUAAUGCUGCUACGCCACCCAUCAAGAAAGUUUAUAAACUAGAGGAAGGGGUCAGUGGUUAUGAAGGAGAUUUAGAAGAUGAUUCUGAUGAAUCUGUAAGUGACAAGUCUGACUUUCUGUAUGAACUGAAUGAGGAUAUUGAAAGGUCCAGCAUAUUGGACACCUCAUAUGACAAGGAAUGGGAUGCAGACGUCUCUUUGCUUGAGGAGAAUACAUCAUUUGACAUGUCCUUACUGGAUGAGGACACAAAGUCAAAUUGUUUGCAGGAUGAAGGUCAAGGCUGUGCCUCAUCAAAGAAAAUUACUUGCUUGUCAAGCAUGUGCCAGUCUGGGACUAAUCUAACCUGCCAUGCUUCCAAAUCACCAUCUUCUUGCAUAUCAAACUGCUCCUGCAAAAGCUUGUAUAACUUAGGCACAAUCAGUGAUCACCAAGAAACGUUCGGGUCAUUCUCAGUGUCACCCCUUUCAUUAUCUUCAAUCUCAUCUCCAGAGCCAGCUCCACAGUUCCAAGCAAGCGUGCAAAAUGUGCGUUCAUGCAUACCUUGUGGAAGCAUUCAAUCUGUUCCAAAAGGUUCUAAAAGAAACAAGCUGGCCACUUACUGUGAUAACAUGGACAGCCAAUCAUAUUGUAAAUCUUCUUAUAUUAAAACCAAAUCUUCUGUGGAAUUAACUUCUGGGAAUAGUGCUGCUUUGAAUACUCUCGCCAAAUCUAAAUCUGAAAGCGCAUUGUGUGAACCCAGUUGUUCAUAUGCUGUGCAUCCUGAUAGUGCAAGCUCUAGCAAGGCUGACGGCAACAUUUCUCAAAAUCGCUUUCUAAUCAGCACUAAAUCAUUUUACUCUCAAAAACAUUCUGUGACUAGCGCAUUGAGUGAACCGAGCUGUUCAUAUGCUGUGCAUCCUGAUAGUGCAAGCUCUAGCAAGGCUGAGGGUAAUAUUUCUCAAAAUCGCUUUCUAAUCAGCACUAAAUCAUUUUACUCUCAAAAACAUUCUGUGACUAGCAGCAGCAAAACAUCAAUAAAAUUGUCAUCAGCUGGAAGCAGCAAAAAGCUCAAAAAAUCAUCAUCAUCUACUAGAUCAUCAUAUAGUACUCAGGAAUCAUGUCCCCCAAAUUCAGGGAGCAAGUGCAAUGAAUUUAUUCCAGUCUCUAGUGAUUCAAGCCAAAGAAACUAUCAGUAUUUGCCUACCUCGCCCAAUAGUAGCCCAACCAGUCUUAGUGGAGUGACCCCUUACCAGUCAAAUCCUGUGGUCAAAGCCAGCAGGGGCCCACGUUUCUAUUCAUUACCAGCCUGCAGUCAGGCCCUGGACAGUUUGUCCUUGCCAUCAACUCCAGAGUCCAUCUCUGAUUCUACCCUUGUUGUGAAAUCAAACGGAUUCCCAGGUCCUAUGGUGGAUGAGGCUUUUAACUAUUCUUUAAAGAAGGCCAGAAUGGAUUAUUCUGAGCUGUGCAGAGACAUGAAGAGUAUUGCAUUUAAGCCUACAACCUCUGACCUCAACAGCUGUGAUAAUCAAAGUACAUCAUCAGUGCAUACCUCUGGCACGACUCAACAGUUAUUCCCUCCAGAGAAACAAAGUAGAGUUGGAGUGAAUACACUUUUGCGGAGAAAGAGGAAAAGUAAUUUGUAAUAUUGUCAAAGUUGAAGAUUGUCUAUAACUUUUUUUUUUUUUGUAUUAUAAUGUAAAAAUGAAAAUGUAUUAUUUUAAAAGGAAUAGAAUUCUCAGAUAAAAAUAUUAAGAGGAGUGCAAUGAAACUGCUCAUAUUUUAGUUCAGUGUUCUAUUAGCAACAAUGUGAUCUCCAUAUUUGGUGUCUUUUCAUGCUUUCGUUAUGAAUUUAUAGUUUGCAUUAAUUGUUAUUUCACUUUGAUUUUAUGUAUUUAUCUGCUGAUAUGAAGUUGAUAGCUAGUGAUGGCAGCAUAAGGGGAUAGAGUGAUUCAUGCAUGUAAAAAGAAAUUUUUUAAUUUAUAUAUAUAUAUAACCUUAAAAGAGUAUUACAUUUUCCGUUAUUCCUGCACCCAUUCCUCCUCUUGGAGUUAUUUCUUUCAUGUUAAGAAUCUUGCUCCAAAAUGAGACCUAUUUAUUGUAAUGUUUGUGUACAUAUUAGUAUUAGAUUGUACCCAGGUUUAGAAAGGAGCUUCUAGGAAUUCCACAUUUGGAAACUAAGCUACCAUGUGACAAUUUUAAGUACAUUUUUGUGUUGUGUUAGAUCAUAGGUAGCACUAGAACCUCCCAGUUUUCACCUGUAACAUUUUGUUAUGAAAUUUUUUUUUUUGAUUUACAAAUUUUCAGGAAAUGUAAGUCAGCCCCUAAAAAUAUAUUUAUACAUGCUUGAAUGUUUUUUUCCAUUUUUGUUUAUAUGUAUAGAAUAUAUCAGCUCAUCUGCCAGUAUCUUUUCCUGAUUCGACCCAGUUGGUCUUAUUAAUGUGACUAUAUGAUAUAUAUUUUUGGGGCAUUCUUUGUCAGCUUUAUUUUGUUUUUUUUAUGUACAUUUUAAGUGGUCUGCUGUGUUCAUUACAUGCUCACUUUGAGUUGUAUGAGUACUUUCAAAUUUACUGCAAGUGAAACACUGCCCUCAUCACACAACUAAAAGCCAUCAGUUCCAAUGACCACCCACUGGAUUUCUACAUAAUUGCAGCAUCUCUCUGUUCUUGUAAGAAAUACUUUUGCAACCUUUAUUAUGUCAAACAAGUAAAAUUGUCCUUCAUUUCCAUAUAGCAGAGUUUUUUUUCCAUUAGUUUCUUUUUUUUUCUGUUUAGAUAAGAUUCAUUUUCCUAGAUUCAGAUUCAUUUUUCUACAUUCUGCUAGUUUCCGUUAAUGCCUAUCCAUUUGUUAACAUUCACAUUUAAGCCAUUAACCUCAUUACAGUCUUUGUGAUACUGGUUCAAAGCUUGUGUGAUAAUGUUAAUUUGGCAUCUUUUUUUUUUUUUUUUCCAAUCCUUGAUGUUAUUUCUUUUUUAUCUCUUUCAAAAUAUUUCUUACUGAUCUUUAAAAAUUGUGUCUUUUUUGUUAGAACAUGAAUUAGUGUUUAAAAACAAAGAAUACCUUGUAAAACAAUACAACAACUUGACAUCUUUUUUUUUUAAACUUUAUAUGAUAAACUAAGUAAAACAUGUUAGGUUGGAAAAACACAUUCUAUUUAAUAUUUAUAUUUCAAAAAUAUUUUUGGAUAUUUAAAGUAGCAAUGCCUCAACAGGCACUAGAAAAAAAAAAUGGAGCUAUUUUGUAAUCCCACUAACUGGCUCUUAACUUUGAGUGGGUCAAAAAGUGUUGCAACCUUCUAAAAAAUAUAGCUGCAGUAAUUGAAAUACUAACUGAAUGUACAAACUUUUUUUGUUUAUUGUACAUAAACUGUCUUUGCCAUACCUUUAAUUGUCUAUUUGUUCUUCUUACUACGAUUUUUUUUAUCAUGGAUUCUCUUUCUUUACCACUUUGGCUUUCAUCAGUCUUCAGUUUCAAACUAUAAAAAUGUUCAAGUUCCCACUCCUCUUUCUUCUUUAUAUUGGUGCUUAUUGGGCAUUAAAUCUUUACUUCAGUAUCCUUGGUUCAAGACAUUUUUUUUUCUUUCCUUUGGCUGAGAGACGAGAAUGAAUGAGUCUAAAUUGUCUUUAGUGGUUGGGUUAGUUGUUUUUUUGUAGAUUUAUAAAUAUCUCUUAAUAUAAGGUUGUUGUUUUUUUAGAACUUCCUUCUUAACUUGAAUAUAAUAUUUUGUAUGAAUGAUUAAAAUCUAUUUAUGCUACUUUGAAAUCAUAUUUCUGUUUGGAUGUUUUUUUAAAAAAGAUUUGAUUAGAUAACAACAAUUUUACCAGCUUCAUUCUUGUCAACAAAAAAAAAAAGUGGGUGGGAUAGAUCAGAUUGGUCAUUUUAAAGUAAUUCUUCUGUAUAACUCAUUUCUGGGGAACCAUUUCGUAUGUCUUUGAUUGUAUUAACUAAGUUGACUUCAUUUGUGGUUUGUUUUUUUUUAAUAAAGGUUCAAAUAUUUACCAAACCUGACCUACAUAUCAUGUAGUUUCUUACAUUUAAAAAAAAGUGAUGAGUUUUUAAAUUCUGACACAGACAAGAAUUGGGAGUUCAGAAUACUGUAGGUUGCCUAUCCUGCUCUAGUUGGUACUUUUGAAUGUUUAUAAAAUCUUUUCUUUCUGAGAGUUUUUAUCAUUUUGGAUUUCUUUGUAGUGCAUCAUCGGUAGCUAAUAAUUAAGUGUGAUAAAUGUCAUUGUUUUAGUAUGAUCAGACCAAGUGCACAUAUCUUCAUAAUAAGUUCCUACCUACUUGGGAGUUAACCCAUGUCCUCCUGAAAGAGGUUUGGAAUAGGAUGUUCUCUUCCUUUCCAAACUACCAUUUCAAACUUACAAGUCAAGUCAUUCCUUUGGCUCAGUUCAUGAUCUCUUUGUCACUUUUUACUGUUUCCCAAAACUGAUUUACGUUCUUAAAUAUGUAUUGUAAGCUUGAUACGUACAUUGGAAUGAAGGCAUAAAUAUCUAUAAUAUCAAUGCAAAUUCUACAUUCACAUUUGACUAAUUAUACUUUUUGUAAUAUUUUUUUUUUUUUAUUAUGACAACUUUAGUGUUUUAAUAUGCACACUCUAAAUAUUUUUUGUUUUUGUAUUUUUCAGCUCAAUGACCUAGUAUUAUAAUCAUUGUAAAGUAUUUGAUGUGUAAUUGUAAAGUAGGACUGCUUGUUGUUGAUAGCAAUAUUAUUGACUUAGGGUGGUACAUUUAUGUUAUGAUUGAUAAUGAAUUAGGAGUAAUUGUUUUAUUUCCUUUGUUUGUGCUUCAUUUCUAUUCCUAAUAAUUUUUUUUUUUAUUUAAAACUCGACUGUUACCUCCUUUUAUGGUCAUAUAAUGGAAUAUUUUAAUUAAAGAUGCUUCUGUCCUUA